AUGGCUUUCACGAGCGUUAACGUUGCUAUUUUAAAGUCGUACUCUGCGCGUGUUUUUGCCUAUUGUGGCGAAGUGGUAACCAAUUCAUCCACUGGGACUUUGUUGCUCAUGGCUGCAAUGUCUCUGGUAUGGUUCUUCAUAUUGUAUUGGUUCUUUUUCCUCUUCGUUCCGGGUUUUAUCAUGGACAGACAUCUUCGGCACAUUCCACAGGUCCCAGGUAAACUUCCACUCUUGGGUCAUGCCCUACUUUUGCUGGGGGGUUCACCAUGCUCAAAAAUGGCAAAGUGGAGUCUCAAUCCACAUACGUCUACUGAAGCCAAAAAAAAAGAAGAUUCCUCACGCCUCAAUCGUAUUGUCAGCUUUACUGUUUUUCACCAACGUGUUGUGUACAUAAAUGAUCCUGCAUUAUUAAAACGUGUCCUCCUUACUAACCAACGAAAUUACGCUAAGGAUAUUGCUUCUUCAUACAAGCAGUUCAUGUGCCUACUUGGUAAUGGGCUUGUAACAGCUGAAGGAGAGAAAUGGAGGAAAGGUAGAUUACUGCUUUCACAUGCUUUGCGUAUUGACAUAUUGGAAGAAAUUCCUGAAAUGGCAAUGAAAGCGGUUGGGAGAAUUGCAGAAAAAUUAUCUGCCAUCAAUGAAAAAAUGCCUUUUGUGGAUAUGAAUGAAGAGUUCCGCCACAUGACAUUACAAGUGAUAGGGGAAACUGCACUUUCUUUGACUCCGGAAGAAACAGACCGUAUUUUUCCAACACUUUACCUCCCUAUUGUUCAUGAAUGCAAUCGACAGGUAUGGGAGCCUUGGAGAGCCUUUAUGCCAUUCUCAGAAGGCAGUCGACAACGCCGUUAUUGUUUAAAACAACUUAAUAGUAUCUUAUGUGAAAUGAUACAGAAACGUUGGGAAGAUAGAGACAAACCUCAUAAACGUGAUAUUAUGGCACUAUGUAUUUCUCAAAUUGAUAAAAUGGACGCAAAAAUGAUCCUACAACUUCGAGAUGAUGUAAAAACAAUACUUUUGGCAGGUCAUGAAACUUCAGCAGCUCUAUUGACUUGGGCAACUUAUGAAAUGAUUUGUCACCCUGAGGUUCGAGAAAAAGUUCUGGAAGAGGCGAGAACCCUUUUUGACCCAGCACGUUGUAGCAAAAAAAUUGUGACACCUCAAGGGUGUACAUGGGGAAUCCCAACUGCAUCUGAUGUACGGAAAAUUCUUCGAUGGUCUCCGGCUGUUCUUCGUGAAACACUACGCAAACACUCUGUGGUUCCAUUGGUCAUGAGAAUGGCUCUGAAGAAUGAUACAUGGCCUGCCUCGGAGACUGGUCUUGACAAGGAUGUUGUUAUUCCUGCCGGGUGCACGGUGGCAGUGGGAAUCCAAGCUGUGCAUAAUCGCCCUGAUAUCUGGCCGGAUCCUGAAGAAUUUAGACCAGAACGUUUUCUUGACGUUGAAAUUCCAAAUAACACCAACGCCCAGGGUAAUGAAAAAUAUGAGAAAAGUAUUGAUCCAUAUUCCUUUAUUCCUUUUAUCAACGGACCGCGCAAUUGCCUUGGACAACACCUUUCGAUUAUGGAAACUGAAGUGGCGUUGGCAUACUUGUUUCUGAAUUGGGAGCUGGACCUUUAUGGCAGCAAAGUUAAAACCACCGGGGCACCAGACCGUGAACUGCAAGAAGAAGUUGGUAAACCGCAUGAAUACUUAAUACCCAUAGUGCCCCGUGAAGGUCUCAAGGUUGUGGGAAGGCCACGGCUGUAG